AAAGGUUAACUUCCGGCUUCUAGCAAAUUCAACGGAAGUACCUCCUCACUCUCAGUCUCACUGGCUAAAAAUAUUUACUGGCGUUUCAUUUGGAAGCAAAGUAAUGGCGACUGAACUCCGUUUCCCUGACAGCCUCAUCGACGAAGAUCCAUUGAAGGCUCUCGAGGCACUGAAUGACGCCUUGCAAGGAGACUCAGACAACGCUGAGUGGCUGUGUCAGCGUGCCUAUGCCAACAUACUUCUCAAAAACUACAGCUGUGCUCUUGAUGAUGCCAAGAAAGUGCAGCAGCUGAAUCCAGGCCUUUCCCUUGCCUUCAUGCGAACAGGAAUAGCAGAGUACCACCUAAAUCACUACGAGUCAGCCCAUGAAGCCUUCAGCCAUGGACUCCAACUGGACGCUUCUGACAAAUCAUUUGAGAUUUGGAUCAAGCGAUGUGAGGAAAUGCUUGAUGAAAAGCACAACGGCAGUGUUGACGUGAAAAUACCAGCGGUGCCACUUGUGAAACAUGACUGGUACCAAACAGAAUCGCAAGUCAUCAUCUCCAUUAUGGCAAGAAAUGUACCUAAAGAUGGGGUGUGUGUCAACUUCAUGGAAAAAGAGCUCUCAGCCUCAAUAAGGCUGGCGUCAGGAGAAAACUACCAGCUCAACAUCCAUCUUCUGCAUCCAAUUGUACCACAGCAAAGCAACUUCCGGAUCCUCACAACUAAGGUGGAGAUAAAGAUGAAGAAGACAGAUGCCAUCAGAUGGGAGAAGCUAGAGGGGGAAGGGCAGGAUUCCAACAUCAAACAUUUUGUUGCAAGUCAGUACACGACAUCGCUCCACCAAAGCCGCAAAUGGGACAAGAUGGUGGUAGACAUUAACGAGGAGGAGAAAAAUGAGAAGUUAGAAGGCGAUGCAGCGCUCAACCAGCUCUUUCAGCAAAUCUAUGCGGAUGGCUCGGACGAGAUCCGUCGUGCCAUGAACAAGUCUUUUACGGAGUCAAACGGUACAGUUUUGAGCACCAACUGGAAAGAUGUGGGCAAGAGAAAAGUGGAAGCAAGCCCCCCUGAUGAUGUUGAGUUGAGGAAGAACUGAAUAUUCCCCUCCUUUUUUCUACUCCCCUUCUCUUUUUUCCCCUCUGUUUGACCUGAGUGUUCUCUAACUAACCCCGCCUGAAGUUCAGCGGGGGUUUUCGAAAUUUCCCACUUUCCACUUUACAAGGCCCUCUGGAGCUGUGGCCCUUUCGCUUAAGCCAUUCUUUCCACCAACUAGUACAGUUCAUUUCAGUUCAGCUAACCGCAUUGCAGUUAGGAAUAGCAAACACUGAUGGGUUGUGGGUGUUUAGGUAGGUGUAGGACAGCUAUGGGUCAAUAUCACUAUAAAGUGCCUCUGGUGAACAUUUGAAUACAUGCCAGUACAAAGGUGGAAAUGUGUUUCCUAUAUGUGUUUUCGAUUGUCAUUAUCAUAUAGGUGACUUAUGAAGCUAAAAGCUAAAUCUCUUUAAGGUUUUAGAGAUAUAGUCAUGAAAACCUGAAGUAGUUCAUUUUUAGUUGAAAGUUGUCUAUGUGGCCCAGUCCACGAUUGUUACCAAAAUAGUAUUUUGUGUGUAUUUUUAUUAUUUUUUUUUUUUUAUUUUUUUUUUUUUACAGAUUUUAGUCAUAAAUUCAUGACUGAAAUGCCUCUAUGGAAAGAUUUGUUUUUCGCCCAAUACAGCAUCAUAAAUAUUCAAUCAAUUUAAUUAAGCAGAUUAUGAUUACCUAUAUUGGUUUCUUACUUUGUAUAUAUAAAUAUAUAUAAAAGUUAGCUUUGGUCAAUGUCCUACAUUACCGUAAUGCAUAGCUUUCAUGAGAAUCACCUACAUUGAACAUUUACGUGGCCCUAAAGUCAAUUUGUUAUUAUGGGAUCUUUUCAGAAAUCCUGUUUUCAUUGAAGUUACUGCAAGCAUUUUGUAUUCUUUCAAUGCAGGCUGAACCAAUGCAUAGUUGCAGAAUAACUUUUCGUUGUUUUGUUUUAUAAUGUGAUUACUUUUGCUUGAAUAUUCAGUCCGAACCUGUUCACACUGUCACAGUGAAUUAUCAAUUGACAUUAAAAAAAAAAAGAUUACUAAUACAGCAAGUCCUUGAGUUACGAAUGACUUCCAUUCAUACCGUGGCGACGUAACCCGAAUUUUCGCAUUCAGACUUUACCGUUAAAAUAAAAAUUUACUUUGAAAUACAAUAAAAAUAUAAAACUACAAUACUGUAACGAAUCGGGUUGCAUGUAGUCUGUGUGGAGUGUUCUGUUUUAAAUGCUGUCCCUAAAUGCACUGUGUGACUGACCGCAAAGAGGGAGCAAAUGGCUGCAAAUACACCAUUAAAAACUCUAACAAAGUUGAUGUUGUUCUUGUAGAUGCUACAAUAAAUUAAAAUUUAAAAAAUUCGUUUCGCGUCAGGCUUGACAUGCCUCUUUUUUUUUAUAUAUAUAUAUAUAUUUUUUAUUUUCCAUAAAACCAGUGCAUCUAGCAUAGCAAAGGUUGGGUAAACAAAAUGCCAAUGAAGACUCACUUUAAAUUGUACAGCAUUAUUCCGGACAUUGCUUCAUUUCAAGACUACAUACGGAGUCAAUACACAUUCAGCAUUUGUUGUUUCUUCUGCUUGCCAUGUGGCAUGAUAGUGUUUUUAUUACAUUACAAAGAGACAGCUGCUUUUUUCCUCUUCUUUUUCCAGUCAGAGCAAUAAAUGUCAGGUUUCAUGCGGGUCCUUGAAAUCUUUGAAAACGCUUGGAUUUUACUGCCGUGUUUUCACGCCUCGAAAAAUGCUUGAAUUUUGCAUAAAGUACCGUAUUGGCCCGAAUAUAAGACAGCCCUGAUUAUAAGAUGACCCCCUCUUUUUCAAGACUCAAGUUUGAAAAAGGACUUUUUGAACCCAAAAUUAAUUUUUAUACAAAAAAUAAUUACAGUACAUCCGAAAAAUGAUUAUAACAAUAUAUUUGAGAGAAAAAGCAUGUUAUUUUGCCUCAUUCAAAUCUUAAUAUCUGAACAUUUAAAUAUGUAAACUAAAGUGCAAUCACAUUCGUAAAUGAAUGACUUCUGGUUUUUGAAAUUUAAAUAAACCAAUCAAUUGUGAUAAAACAACAAAAUUGCAAUAACUGCAUUAACCAUCAAAGUCAAGUAUAACUGAAACUGUAGUCUUGAAACAAAUCUGAAUAAGGAAAGACAUUGCAAUAAAAUAAUGCCAACUGGUUAAACUUCAGCGUAGCGGAGAUCUGUCAUGACAGAACAUCGCUUCAAUGAUAUUUGGCGCCAUCUAGCCUCGUGAAUGGGUACAACGUCUAGACCGCGAAUAUAAGACGACCCCCUGUUUUUCUGUCUUAUUUCAGUGCAAAAAACACAGUCUUAUAUUCGGGCCGACACGGUACUUGAAAAUGCUUGGAUUUGGUAGGCACACAGAAUUUCUCAGCACCCUGUCUAAAAAUCUUAGUUUUUAAAUUAAUAUGAUGAAAUAAAAGAAAUUUCAGUUAUCGUUUUUUCACGCUCAUUCUGAAAUUUCUUUCCCUUUGUCCCACGUCAUAUCGUCGCUCCCAAAAGUACAGUGCAUUUGAUUCUGUGCGUGAGUAGUUUGGAGUUAAAUCAAGCGAAGAGCAUAAAUAUCGAGUAGUCGUUAAAUGCUUACAUGUGCAUUUGUAUUAGUUUAUAACAAUGUUUAUCACACACCCAGUUCUUUUUUUUUGUCUCAUUGGUUUUGCAAUUUUAACACCCGUCUGUCAAUCACCGUUCAAUCCAGCUGGGAGUGUCUUCGCACGGCUUCGUCGCCACUAAGAUUUGGGCUAUUCACCUGGCUCUCGAUCAACGACCGUUAUUACAUAAGAAAACAGCAACAUCUUAUUUUAAGGAGUAGGAGAGUUUGUAAUAGCCUUGUAAAGAGCUUUACUAGUUUCAGCAAGAACGGAAUUUUUGUUGUUGUUGCUGUGAACAAAUGUAAAUCGAACUAUUUUUAUUUUACUAUUUUUAUCAAACUACUAAUUUGGCUUAGCAAGUGGAGGUGAGAGCCAUUUUUGAAUGUCCAAAUCUUCCAGAAAGCGCAUUUAUCAAAGUUUCCUUGGCCAUGACGUGUGUGUGUCCAUCCACUGGACAGCAUGCUAUCACUAGUUUGCCACAAAACGCUCACUGCCACCGGGAACGCACCCUCCCAGGGAGUUUCAGAAUCGCCCCCUUUAAACAAAAUUUCUCAAGCCUGCGGGGUCAUAGAUCAUUAUGGACGACGUACUUGUGAGAAGGCACCAUAUUGUAUUUCUGAAUCAUCAUUAUUUAAAAAAAAAAAAGACAUUGGGAUAACAUUUAAAAGAUACUGGAAAAACUGGAAAAUUAGUUUUGAAAGUCCUUAAAAAUUACUUGAAUCUGGCCAUGAAAUAGAUGUGCGAACCCUGAAUUUUGUCAUCCAGUCACCAAAUUCAAGCCUGUUUAAAAAUGUGCUUUGGAACCAUGCUAAAGUAAAUUGUACGUUGGUGGACAGAUGGCUUUUGUGUAGGUUGCCCCAACUUUCGAAUCAUCAUGCCACCAAAACACACAGAGCCUCCAUUUCCUAUCUUAUAAUUUGAAUAUUUUUACAUCAAAAGGAUUAGGUUGGUAUGAUUUAUGGCCAAAGGACAGAGACAGGAAAAAGGUGGAAUUCAAAUUUGAAUGUUAGACAUAAUUUUACUUUCAUAUUCCCAUCAGAAUUGGCAUUUUAAAGCCCGUCAUCACUUCCUGUUAUCAGCACUUUGUAUGAAAAUGUCAAGUUAACUAUAUGAGGUCAUUUAGAUGUUUUCAAUAACAAAUUGGAAUGAUUUUCUUGAUGUUUGUGCACAGUAAUACAUCACAGCUGCAAUAAGUGGUUGCACACUGCUCCGCUUGCUCCUAUUUCUGGUUAAGUCCAAGGUUUGAAUAAAAGAUUUCAUGUUUGUCUCACCAAUGCUACUACAACUUUUGUCAUCUUUGACAAUUGUUUAUGUCAUUUUGAAAGUUUGGGGUGGUGGGCUCAGUUGACCAGAAGAAAGGUAAUAAAGGGACGAGAGGGAGCAAAGUUUAUGAUUAAAAGUAUUAGGGUUGCAGGUAUUGAUUAUUUUUGUAGUCCAUUAAUUGAUGAACUAGUUAGUUCGAAUAAUCGAGUAAUCGAAUAAGGAACAUGAAAAAUAAAAAUACCUGAGCUGAGCCUCAGACAGUACAAAAAUAAUAAUAAUAAAUGAGGGUCUAAGUAGAACAAAAGAACAAUUGGCUAACUUACAUAGCAGAA